AAACAAGAAACCCUGAAAAACAAUCACCACGUCUACACCUUUCUUUUAUUACAAUCAAUGAGUUCUGCAGUUAUCUCCCUUAGCACUACGACAUUUCAUAUGUGAUGUCAGCGCAAGAGCCGAUAAUGUUGUUACGUAGACAGGUCGUGGGACUCGAGGUUUGCUGUGCCAAGAGCGCUGCCUCCAUGAACCAGUUCCUCGUGUGUUUUAUUAGCUAUGCUUCGGUUGUGGCCGUGAAAAUCACACUUCACCCGCCCAGCCAGGUUGUUUAUUUUGACAGAAUGGGUCGAAGCUUGGGUGGUCUGCACGUGAACUGCAGUCUGGGUGACACUCAAGCUCAGAAGGUGUAUGCCAUGGAGGUAUCCCGGGUCACUUCAUAUCCUCCUAAGUUCCAGGUGUUGGCCAGUGCUUCUGUACUUAAUGACCUGUCGCACGCCCGGGUCAACACCGAGGUGCUACAGGGCAGAAAUGCUUCAGCGACGGGAGGCAUCAAUUCCUACAGACCUACAGAUAGUGCCAUAGAGCUGCUGGUCUGUCAUGUGCAGCUUACUUUGGGGGCGAUGACCUGCACGGACAGCGGUAAAUAUGUCUGCGUCAUCUAUUUCUCCAACAGCAACGACCCCGAUGGUACCCCGAAAAUUGUGUACAAGUAUGACUCGACAAAUGUUUAUGUUGGAGAGCAUCCGUCGGUGGCUGUGGCCAGAGCCCUGACCAAACCCACCACCACGUUACGGGUAUACCAACCAGGAGAAGUCAUAAAUAUCACAUGCAGAGCUUUCGUGGGAUCCACACCCGUGACAUGGGUUUGGGAAGAAAGAAUCAUUUACCCCACCCCUGCUAACAGCUCCUUUCAGCCAAUGAAGGUCCUCAGAGUUUCCAAUGCACUUCUUCUGAAGUCUAAAAACAAAUGUCGGACUUUGGGCUCCUCAGUGAUAUCCUACACAGUGCCCAAUGCCACGGAGGAAACGCGACAGAUGAGGUGCAAAGCGACUACCAAUGAAUCUUCCUUCGAGAAGCUCGCGGGAACUUUUACCUACUUCAUCGGUACAAAGCCAACGAACGCCACAGUACCCGACAUAGAGCUGUACCCGCCUCGUCUGGACGGUGUCUAUACGAACGCCUCGUCCCUUCAAGCUUAUCAAUCCCAGGCUGGGAGGGGACGGGAAGUCAUCGGGUACGACAGUUUGUGGUACCUCCUGGGCUUCGUGGCAGCCACAACACUCUUCAUCGUCGUCCUCUUCCUCACCUUGUGGGGGGUGUCCCGCUGGAAGCAGAGGAGCAACUACAUCUCCAGACACGCCAUCGUGUACCACCAGCGCGGGGUGGACCGAGGCUGGGGUCCGGGACACGAGUACAUCGUAGAAUGAACCAUGUUAGAAGUCGGUGGAGGAGCUGUGGAGAAUUUCUUCCAGAAAUCCACAACCACAGCAAGUAGUUGUCGUCAAAACCAAGCCAACAAAAUCAAAUCAAAAGAACAGAAAUUUUUUUUUUUUGGCUCAAGGUGUGUGGACUCACUUUGUCUAAAGGCCAUGACCUUUUCCAUUGACCUCACGUGACAUUUGUAAAAAGUGACUUUUAAAGCUAGGAAACACUAUACAGAAAAUUACUGACAUUCGAACAGUUGUUAUGAGUUAUUAUAUUUUUAAAUUCUUGACACCUUUUACUUGAUAUACAACUUCAUCUAUUUCACAUGCGUGAACUUUUUAUUAUCGCCUGUGAUUGAGGAAUAUAAUAAUUAAACUUUUUGUGUGUUAAAUAACAGACGUGGACAAUAAACUUAGUAUUUGAUAUAGAUUGAAAUAAAAAUUUAUACAAGC